CUGAAGAGUAGGCACGUCACACAGAGCUGCAGCGAACGAGAGAUGCUGAGGUGACAGGGAGAAGGAGAAAAGGGACGAUUUUAAAUACACGCAUUCUCCGAUUAAGACAGAUGCCAGAUUGAAUAACCGGAAAACAGAUACUCGCCCGACCUACUGCGGAUAAAUCAUACACUAUGGGAUUAAACACGGUGUCUCAGUCUUUAAAUAAGACACACAUCAGGUAUUCGUUUUAACCACACCCGGCUCAUUUUGGAUCAAGAAUUGGAACAACGAAGCCAGUGUCUCGGGGGCCUGAUGCCUGGGCCUGUCCCAGGCUGGUCGUCCUAAGGGAAGCUCAGAACACUCGAGGUUGGCAGGAUGAGCGGGGGCGGAGAGCAGGCCGACAUUCUGACCGUGGGUGUCCUCGUUAAGGAGCGAUGGAAAGUGCUGAAAAAAAUAGGGGGUGGCGGAUUCGGGGAGAUCUACGAGGCGCUGGACCUGCUCACCCGGGUCAGCGUGGCCCUGAAGGUGGAGUCAGCUCAGCAGCCCAAGCAGGUUCUCAAGAUGGAGGUGGCGGUUCUGAAGAAGCUGCAGGGUAAAGACCAUGUGUGCCGCUUCGUUGGGUGUGGCCGCAACGACCGCUUCAACUACGUGGUGAUGGAGCUGCAGGGGCGGAACCUGGCCGACCUGCGGCGCAGCAUGAGCCGCGGCACCUUCACGGUCAGCACCACCCUGCGGCUGGGCCGGCAGAUCCUGGAGGCCAUCGAGAGCAUCCACUCCGUGGGGUUCCUGCACCGAGACAUCAAACCGUCCAAUUUUGCCAUGGGUCGUUUCCCCACCACGUGCCGAACCUGCUACAUGUUGGACUUCGGCCUGGCGCGCCAGUUCACCAACUCCUGCCAGGAAGUGCGACCGCCGCGACCUGUGGCAGGCUUCCGUGGGACAGUGCGUUAUGCCUCGGUGAACGCACACAAGAACAAGGAGAUGGGCCGUCAUGACGACCUUUGGUCCCUCUUCUACAUGCUGGUAGAGUUCAUGGUGGGCCAGCUACCCUGGAGAAAGAUCAAAGACAAAGAGCAGGUGGGCAAGCUGAAGGAGACCUAUGACCAUCGCCUCAUGCUCAAACAUCUGCCUCCAGAGUUCAGCGUCUUUCUGGACCACAUCUGCAGCCUGGACUACUUCACCAAACCAGAUUACCAGCUCUUAAUGUCAGUAUUUGAGAACAGCAUGAAGACCUACAACGUUGUGGAGAAUGACCCUUAUGACUGGGAGAGGACUGGAUCCGACGGCACGCUGACUAUCAACGCAACAGCGACCACACCCCAGCACCACACCCGUCUCACGCCAGCACAUAUGGGCAUGGCGAACGCUUCGCUCAUGCCGGGAGACUUCCUGAGAGAGAACACGGACGAGGUGUUGCAGGACGAGCAGCUGAGCGACGGGGACAACAACUGCCCCCCCGAAAGGCUGCCCGGCUCCCCCGUCCUGCCCCUGCGACCGCAGGAGGCUGACGUCUGGGAGGAGCUGGACCGCAACCGCAACCGCAUCCGAACCAACAUCUGGAAGGCAGCCACAGAGGAAGAGCACAGCCAGAACCAGGGGAACCAGAGCCCGUACGCCGGGCCCAGCCUGGGCUCCCCAGUGCGGGUGAGGUCUGAGAUAGUGCCAUCCGACCGGGACGCCCCGCUGCUGAGGAAGCUGCGCAACAUCCACAGUUUCGAGCUGGAGAGGAGGCUGACUCUGGAGCCCAAGCCCAGCACUGAGCGCUUCCUGGAGGCCUGCUCAGGGAAGCAGCAGGGUGGCUUGCUGCAGGAUAAAGAGGGCCAGGUGGGCAUGGGCGUGGGCCUGAGCGUUCCCGGCGGAGUCCGGGGGGAGCGCGUGUGGCACUACGACGAGGAGCUGCUGUCCGGCGGCGGGUCACCCAAGCCAGGCUCCCCGGGGUCCCCCGAGCAGGGCGAGGGCGCGGCCAGCAGCGGCUUCGUGGCCCUGAACCUGAGCUCCGGGCGGCAGGACGUGGACUCGCGGGAGUGGGUGAUAGUGGACCGCGCGCAGGACCUGCAGGACUUCCGGGCCAGUGUGGCGGGAAGGUCCGGCGGGGCCAAGGCCACCAGCAGCCCUUCGGAGGAGGAGCCGGAGAUCCUCCAGCUUGGGGAGGAGUGCCGCAGCGGAGAGAGGGCGAGCCCCACCCCCACGCAGCCCCACAGGGACACCCUCGCGCCCCUCGCACCCUCUGCGGGACCCCCCAGGGUGGAGAGACUGGAGCUGAGCGUGGGUCUGCCCGGGAGCCUGCCCCCCAUCACGCCCACGAGCCCCGCCGAAGCCAUGGCUGAAGGCGCGCUCACACAGCUCCCCACCUCUCCUCCGUCCCUGCCGGAGGAGCUUGUGGCACGGACCUCCAGCCCCCUCCUCCUCCGCUCCCCAAGCCCGCACACCCCCCUGACCACCCUGUCGGACCCCCUGCACCAGCGCACCCCCGGCCUGCGGCGCAGCCAGUCCGCCGACCACCACCCCUCCUCCUGCCACGCGGCUCUGCCGCGCGCGCGCUCGCCCGGCCACCGGAAGCUGCCCGCUAUACCCGCGGGCGCUGCCAACACCAAGUUCCCCUCUGUCAUUCGCAUCACCCGCGCCCAGCUCCAGCAGUUGACAGCACCCCGCCCAUCCGUGCUGUCCUCACAGUCUGCCUCUGAUAGUGUGCCACAGUGCCUCCUGCUGGAGAAACGUGAAAAUGACGCCCAGCCUUUGGACAAUACUGCUGACAUGCACUCUCCCCAAGAGCGGCACCCCACCCAGCCUGGCAGCCCCACAGACCCGCUCGGGGAGAGGCUGGUGAAUGGAGACGCUGCAGAGAAAGCCCCCAGCCCCGUGCCAAGCCUGGUGUCUUCCCCCAACUCCCCCCGCUCGCCCCACUCGCCCCACAGCCCCGUCUUCGUUAACGGCCACCUGUCGCCCCCCGUGGACAUGCUGGGGGAUGGCAGCGGGCCCCUCCCUGAACUCAAGGACCCCGAGAGCGACUCUGGGUACCCGGACCGUUCCAUCGAGCCCAACCAGCACACCCUGGAGGAGGCGGACAGGGGCGCGGUGGAGAGCGCCGUCCCUGCCUCCACGUCCCCGCCCCUGGCCCCCCGCCGGGACCCCGCCCGCCGACUGAGCCGCAUCCCCGUCCUUGAACCCGUGCACCUGCUGGACUCUCCGCCCCCGGGCUCCGCCAAAGAGAAGCUCCUGCAGAAGAAGGCCCACCACCACGGACCCGCUCCCCCCUCACCCUCGCCCUCGCCUUCCCUUUCCUCUGACAAGCGCGCCCCCGUGGCCAAUCUCCCCCGCGACCAGCUGUCCUCCGCCUCCGACCGCUCCCAGGACGACGAGUCCUACCUGGGAUCCCGCUCGGACCGGCAGGGCGACGACGCUCCUUCCCUGUCCUCCUCUUCCAGCCCACUGUCUCGCAAGAGCAAGAUCCCGCGUCCCGUGGCCCCAACCUCCGUGCCCGAGCAGCUCACUGCCCAGUUCCUGCCGCGCCCACCGCCUGGCAAGCCCCCCAGCCGCCCUGCCGUGGAGGGCAGGUUGCGGCGGUACCGGAUCCGCGCGGGCAGCACGAGCGACUCGGACCUCAUCACCUGCCUGGCCCAGCUGAUGUACAGCGGCUCGGGCGUGACCCGGGCCCGCGGCUCCGCCCACCCGCGCUCCCCGCAGCACCACGGCGGGUCCCGGAUGCCGCCCAACAGCCCGUCCACACCGCACCGCAGCUCCAGCGCCUCGCCCCGCAGCUCUCCCUCCAUGCAGCGCUCCGUCAGCUCCUCCCCGUCCCGCCACGAGCACCGGGGCGGCGGGGGCUGCCAGGGCCGCAGCCGCUCCCCGCCCAGCUCGUCGGGCUCGCCCUCGCUGCGCCGCGCCUACCCGCAGGAGCCCUGCUGCGGCCGCCAGGCCCGCUCCGGAUCCUUCCACUCCCCGCGGGCCAAGGCCUGCGGCCGCGAGGGCAAGUGCCCCAGCAAGCUCAGCAGAUAGUGAGUCCGUCGCCGUGACGGACGACGCCAACGUGAGGAAGAUGACGAUGAAGACGCGGACGGGGGGAGGCGGGGGGACUUUAGGCUGGCUGUGCAAUUCUUUUGGUCUUUCCGAACUUUGGCAGUGUGCUAAAAAUGUAUUGCUUCCCCUCAUUGAGCCACAAUCUGCUCACUGUCUCUCUCUCUCUCUCCCUCUCUUCCUUCUCUCUCUCACUCUGUCCACUGCUUUUCACUCUUAACUUCCAUGGCCACGGCUCUCACUCAAUGCUCAUUUCCUCUCCUUCUUCCCCAGCACACUAAUGUACCUUAUUUAUUCAUUUUAUAUGUUCGGUUAAAUAAAUCUAUACUUUGUUAAUCAAACCAUAUGAAAUAUUAAGGAUUAAUAUCACAGUAUUAUGAGGCUGUUCCUUCUGACAAAACUGCACACAGAAGGCAAACAAACAUAACAUUAUAAUCAUUAUAAUAUGAGCUGCAAAGAAACAAAUGGACUAUCUUAGUCAUCUGUACCCAGGCUUCUUGGCCAGAUGGUGCGUACUUUAACUUCUUGUAUGCUAGUGUGCUAUAGAGCAUCUCCACAGUGACCCAGAGUGAACUUACCCCUGUCUGAAUGCCUUGCACUUAGUUAUGUCACUGUAUACAUAUCCAGGACGUGGUUAUUUCUGUCGCACAUGUAAAUUAUUUAGACAUGUCUGUCUGUACUUAGACUUCGGCUUCAGUUUGGAGUGCAGGUGUCCAUGUGUUUCACCUGGGUGUACGAACCACGCACUGAUAAAUGUAUCAUAGUAUUUAUUUAUUUAUUGGAUUCAUGUGAUGUUCAGGUCCAGGUGCACUGACAGACUUAUGAAUCCAUCUGUGGGUGUUGCACUUGCUUCGUCCACUUUGGCUUUUGAACUCUUGAUACCCUGUCCAUUGCACCAGGAUCUCUGUGGGAGGUCUUAAGAAAGGGAGCACUGCCCCCCUCCCCCCAGUUUUCCCACCCACCCAAGACCGAAAGGGGGUGGGCUUCACUCUGAGUGCUGUACAGCUACACUGUGGCUUAGCUCAUUAGUGCAGUAGGGCCUUUCCUGAUAUCAUAUUGUGACCGCUGUUUCACAAGGUUUGAGUGAACAAGCAUGCCUGUCCCCUCCAAGAAAGACAAGGAGCAAAGUGUUGAAUUAAUUUUGUUUGAAAUUGUCCUGAUCUGUCUGUCUUUGUGUGUGCCUUUGUUAAUAUGAGCUGAACUCACUUAUGUUACCCAAGUCUCUGAUUUAAAAGAACAAGGGAACAGGCACUAAGACCCAGGGGGUCCGUGUUAGCUGCUGGUCUGUGAAAGCUCCUUGAUUAUCUUGAAUGUAUAAAUGUACAAUUAGGAGAAAGUGACUGAAUGUUUUGUUGAAUUUAGAAGCUACUUGAAAGGUUUACUUGAAAAUGUUCAGUUUGGCAGGAAAAAUGGCACCUUUUUCUGCUGAGGCAGUAAAUUAUGACUGCCAUUCCCUGUCAUUUUAAUUUGUUUCACAGUCCUACAGACUGAAGUGUCAGGCCUUUUAGUCCUAUCAGAUAAUGCUUGUAAUGACAAAAAAAAACAGAAAAAAAUAAUUACUGGUACAUAUCAGCUUUAAAUGAUCAAUAUCAUUUACCCUGUCACUCAGGCUCAAAGGUUUUCAGUGCUAUCAAAUUAAUCUUUCUGAAAUUCAAAAGAAACCUCAAGUGUUAUGUUAAACUUGGGUUGGGACAGGCAUGUUUUGUGCUAAGGCAUCGGGCUUUUAAGAGAUGAUGUUCUUUAAAGAGGUGGGCAUGGUCAUUUAAAAUACUUAGUUUAAUCCAGUUGACAGUUCAUUGAUAGAGCAAACAUUUUCCUUUCUGGAACAGACCAUCCCUGGUUCACUCCUUCUCUCUCUUCUGCUUGUAAGAUAUUGUAAUAUAAAUCCUACCAAUACUACUAUUUGCAUGCACUACAGACAAAAAAAAAGAAACAAGCAACAUACCAGUCCUCAUGUUCAUCCAUUCUCAGAUGAUUGUAUUCCAACAAGAUAUUGGAAUAUGUAGAUAUAAUUAUCAAUAUUUUAUUUGGAAUGUUGUAAUUGAUUUGUUUCUCCUUGCUGUCUUUGUGUGAGGGAUGAAAAUGUCUCCACACAGUCCUCUUCUCCCUGACCCUGCCUCCUGUACUCUACUCUUUACUGGCUUUCACGCUAAAAUACACAUUCGAUGUGCAUCAGUGUACCUGUCAUGCAGAAAUACCAUAUUCUCAGAAAAAAAUAUUUUUAGCCUGUUUUUAAUUGGCUGAGUUUAUUCAUUUAUGGCGCCUAUUUACAAUAUCAAAUGAGAACUUGUUCUUUCUUAUAAUUUUAAUUAAUGUAGAUUAAAUGUUAUUUGCAUUAUAUGACAACUUUAUGCUCCAUAAAAAAAUCUUACAUUCAGAGGAGUCUGUAUGUACCCAUGAAGUGAGUGUAAGUGUUCAGCUCUGUGUGAUUGGUCCAUUGGUGAGAGCUUUGUUUGCAAGGUGCCUGGAGGUGUGUCCUGUGCACCAAGAUGGGUGACAUUCACAGUGCAACCAUCCAGGGAUGAAUAACUACGCUAGGUCACAAAUGCAUGUGAUAUUAACCGUCCUCAGUCAGUCAGGUGGAUACAGCAUUUAUCUUCUCCCUGUGAAAGCAGGGUAUUCGCGUGGUGGUAUUGGGGACUGCCUUGAGCUCUGUAGUUUGCCCUAAGCUAGACAGCUGACGUUGUGGGUAAGGAUAACCAGAUCACCUGAGAUGAGGUCAUUGAGGAGGAAAUGGGACACAUGUUCUGAUACUGACUAUUCAAGAAAAUACCAGUUUUCAGAAUGUCACGAAAAGUCCUAAAAGCCAACAGCCCAUUUCUCUCCUGCUCCCUCUGUCUUGCUCUCGCUGCUGGGGUUUACCCAUGCUGCCAACAUGAAUAGCAGGUCUUGCCAUCAGCAGCCUGUGUUUGGCAGCAUUUUAGAAGGAAACUGCAGAAGUAAUAGCUGGUUUGUGCUCAGGGGUUUGCAUCUGUCAUUGUGUUCCUGCACUGGCUGUGCCUGCAUGUUGUGGUGUCCUCUCCAGGGCGAGACGCUAGUUGCUUUCUGCUGGUCAGUAAGGGCAGCUCUUCUUCAUAUUGGUCAGUGAGGGCAACUCUUGUUUCCAUUGGUCAGUUUCGGGCAGCUUUGCUUUCUUUUUGCUCUCCUGUAUUGCUGUGUGUUCUGAGAUUUGUCUUUAUUUAUACAUUUUUAAGUUUGACAAUUUCUCUGAUUGGUGAGCUUUGCUGAAGCAUGUCCAGUAGACAUACACAGCUGAUGCAGGUCUGAGCUGUUUGACCCUUCCUGCUCAAAUGACCACAUGCUCCUGACUGUCAAGUCAAAGCCUUGACUGCAUGUAGAAAGUGUGUUGGGUAUUUUCUUCCAGAAUGUGUGAAUUGUAGUGUAUUUGUAUG